AUCAGGUGGUUCAAUGAGGACUAAUACUACCGUCCUCCCCUGGAAAACAAUCACAAUCAUCCGUCUGCAGGUUACAGAGCCAGCAGUUGUGAUGGAGGUACCAGUGCGCCUUGGAGAUGAUGUCAUUCUACCAUGUCAGGCUGCUGAUCCCUCCAUCUGCCAUGUAGAGUGGACCAGAGCUGACCUGAAGCCAGAUACCAUCCUCUCAUACAGAGUUGAAGGGUCGGUUCUAACCAUCCUGCAUCCUAAAUAUAAGGAGGACAAGGUGGAGCUGGUGGAAAAAGAUCUGAAGAAAGGAAACAUGUCCUUAGUUCUGAAGAAUGUUAGCACCACUGACCAAGGAACAUACAAGUGUCGAGUAACAUCAGGUGGUUCAAUGAGGACUAAUACUACCGUCCUCCCCUGGAAAACAAUCACAAUCAUCCGUCUGCAGGUUACAGAGCCAGCAGACAAGAGUGUAGAAAAUAAUGAAACCGAUGAUCAAGGAAGUACACAGUGAUCCGUCUGCAGGUUACAGAUCCAGCAGGUCCCCUGAGGAUAGAAACUCCUCUCCUGUAGUCUGAUACGGAGGACUGGCAGCAGGUUUUCCAGUUGGACAGAUUAUUGUAGUUGUUGCAGUGGAUGUUUUCCUGAUAUAUAAAAGACGUAAGAAGAAGAGAUCAGGACUGCCUGCAGAUGAUGCUGAUAAAGCUUUUUUCCGCCAUGAAUCUCCACCUUACUGUGGUUGGGGGUUGUGUACCCGAGGAGUCUGGGAUCUGUAUCACCUGGAGCUCUGAGAUCCUGUAGGUUGUCCCAUGAUGAGUUGGUCUCAGACUCAUAGUAAAUCAGUUCAAAUAAACUUAACCUUUAGAGAAGUAAAUGUUUUACUACUGAAGUAAAAGUAAUGUUGCUUUAAAGAAAAAGAAAAGUGACGUAACUUAAAUUACUUUUACUUUCAAUACAUUUUCUUCAA